AUGGCAUUAAGCACAAAUGACCAAUUAGUUAAGUUCCGUGAGAUUACUGAUCUUGUCACCAAAAAGCAAAUCGAUCUUGAAGAAGGCGAGAGAAGAAUCAAGGAGAUUGAUUUCCAAAAAUUCAAUAUUGAUGAAAUGGAUGAAGUACAGCAGUGUACAUGGUUUUCAGAUGGAGUUUAUGUAGAUAUCAUGAGAAGAUGGGUCCGCCAGCAGGACGAUCUUCUCCUCCAACUUCGUGCUUUUCUUGUUGUUACUCCUGAAAUUGCCAAAGAAACUCUCACUGAAUUUGUUAAAGCAGUCAAGAACCCAUCACAGGUCCCAAACAUUUCCGUCUCUAACGUUAUUCACUCCCUUUCCACAGCCGGUGGAACACGUGCUGCAAUCAACCCAAUUACAGAAGGCCUCAUCGGUGCCAAGUGCUCUGUCGCUGCAAGUAUCGGAUAUAAGCUUGAUGACAUCUACACCGAAAACGACAAAUACUUCAAAUCCCAGCCAGUUGCUUCUGUGGCUGUUACAAUCACUCUCCCACAAUUCCUUAAGAUUCAGAUGGAAAAGUACACUCUUACAAGCCCUCAUGACUGCAAGGGCCUCAGAGCUUGGUCAAUCGACGUAACAAACGAUCCAAAGGAACAAAAUUGGACAAACAUCGACACAAAAGAUCUCGAACUAUCAGAAAACCCAUUCGUCGAGUCAAACAAAACUCAUGAAUUCACUGUCAACAAACAGGAAAGUGGUUUCUUCAGAACCAUCAAGAUUUCUCUUCUCCGUGAGACAUUGAACGGUAACCUCUCCAUGGUUCUUAAGAAAUUCGACUUUACAGGAAAAUUGAUUAUCGCUAAGGACUAA